CACCUGCACGCACAGAAAACACACCUCUGUGUGGGAUGAGUCCAAGGGUGCGCUCUGUCUUAGUCUGUACCUGUCUGUCUGUUCUCAUACACCUCAUAUGCUACUAUUGAGAGAGUUGCGAUGCUCAAACUGCUUAAAUAUCUGCAUGGUUCGGAGCUUGUGGCCAAGUUCCAGAGGGCAUGCGGUCUGUUCCUCAUCGAAGCCUCGCAUCAGAACGGAAACUGGGUGCACCCUCCGCGGGAUACGCCGCUCAUAGACGCAGAAACACCUCACCAACUUGCUCGACUGCGGUGCGGUAAUGGACACGUUAUUACCAAUGAAAAGGACAGCAACUCAAAUGACAAACACAAGGAAAAUGAAUACAGUGUUGGUGUGUCUGCUAGUCCCCAGUAUGAGGUGAGGAACCGGCUGCUAUACUUCCUGUUCCUGGUGUCGGCCGGGCUGGGUCACGAGGUCUUCUACAUCACCUUCCCUCCUUGCUUACACUGGAACCUGGACCCCUUCCUCUGCAGACGCCUUGUCAACAUCUGGACUAUGGUGAUGUACAUCGGCCAGGCCCUGAAGGAUGUGCUGAAGCUGCCACGCCCUCUAUCGCCCCCAGUGGUGAAGCUGGAGAAGCGUGUGGAUGCUGAGUAUGGCCUUCCCUCCACCCACGUCAUGGCCACCACCGCCAUCUUCUUCACCCUACUCCUCAGCGCCCCUUCCAGGGUUCAAUUCCAGUUUGAAGUGGGUCUUCUUGUGGCGGUGGUGCUGUCUGUGUUGGUGUGUCUGAGUCGUCUGUACACAGGCAUGCAUUCUGCUCUGGACGUGAUCUGUGGUGCUCUAAUCUCAGCCACAUUAAUGUUGGUCACCUAUCCAUACUGGGAAACCUUCGACCGGCUCCAGCUCACCUCCCCACUCUCCCCCAUCGGGGCAUUGGUACUGGCUCUCUUCCUGAGCUACACCUACCCUGAGCUGGACCAUUACACCACCACGCGGGGGGACACCACCACCAUCCUGGGGGUGGGUGCAGGCUGUUCUGUGGGCUACUGGGUAAAUGAGAGGCUGGGGGAGACGUUUGAGCCCCAGGGGGUGCUACCCAUACCCCUGCCAGCACUGACACUGGGUGGCUUAGCCCUGGCCAGCUCCCGCUUUGUGGUGGGUGUCGUGGCGUUGGUUGCAACUCGACAGAUAAUGAAGACAGCCAGUCUGUGGGUGCUGUGCUCCUGGUAUGGAGUGUCAGUCAAAGACAUAGAUGCCAGGAGAAGGAAGGAGAUCGAGGUGCCAUAUAAGUUCACCACCUAUACUUCUAUAGGCCUGGUCCACUCUAUUCUGGUCAAUAGACUGUUCAUAGUACUGGGACUGUUAUGACCCAAUGUUUUUAUGAACUGUUAAAAUAUAUACACUACCAUUCAAAAGUUUGGGGUCACUUUGAAAUUAGAAAACAGUAUCAAAGUUUCUGUGAAGGGAGUAGUACACCGCGUUGUACGAGAUCUUCAGUUUCUGUGAAGGGAGUAGUACACAGCGUUGUACGAGAUCUUCAGUUUCUGUGAAGGGAGUAGUACACAGCGUUGUACGAGAUCUUCAGUUUCUGUGAAGGGAGUAGUACACAGCGUUGUACGAGAUCUUCAGUUUCUGUGAAGGGAGUAGUACACAGCGUUGUACGAGAUCUUCAGUUUCUGUGAAGGGAGUAGUACACAGCAUUGUACGAGAUCUUCAGUUUCUGUGAAGGGAGUAGUACACCGCGUUGUACGAGAUCUUCAGUUCCUGUGAAGGGAGUAGUA